UUAUCUAGAUUGUUCCAAGCUCCUCCUUUUCUCUCGCUCCUCAGUAGAGCUGCCAUUUUUCAGGACGUAAAAUCUGGAGCGAAGGUGCCUGACACAAUAUGUCUCAAAAUCCAGAACUCCUUCACUUCAAAUUUUCAAAUUAUGGGGAUUCGAUGCUGCAAAAAAUGAAUUUGCUGAGAAAACAAAACCGGUUCUGUGAUGUUACAGUGCAUGUCAAUGACUUGGAAGUACAAGGACACAAGGUUGUCUUUGCUGCAGGAUCCCCCUUUUUGAGGGACCAGUUUCUACUUAAUGAUUCCAAGGACAUAAAAAUCUCUAUCUUUCAGAGCUCAGAGGUUGGGAAACAACUUUUGCUUUCCUGUUACACUGGAUUUUUAGAAUUUCCAGAGAUGGAGCUUGUUAAUUACUUGACUGCUGCAAGCUUUCUUCAGAUGGGUCACAUUGUGGAAAGAUGUACAGAAUCUUUACUCAAGUUUAUUAAGCCUAGAGAUGCCCCAAAGGAUCAAGGUGCUUCAUCAGUGAGUGUUCAACCAAAUCAGGAAAAUCUGUCCAGUGAGCCAGUGACUGUGCAAGACAUUGAUGAUAAAGAAGAGGAGGAUGAGGAGGAAGAACAAGAUGACGUGGAAGAGGAUGUCAUUAUGCAGCCCGAUUCUCCCAGCAUUCAACAAGUGGAUGACAAUACAGAUGGUGAGGAUAAUGCUAUUACAAUUGUGAAGGUAGAAUCAAUUGGAGAUCAGGCACCCAUGUCAAGUGGUAAGCUUCAAACACACUUCCCGUCACCAGCUCCAACUGCUUUGCACACUCCUGAGCCUCAGCAUUCCCUCAUCAAUUCCACUGUGGAUACAAGAAUUGGAGAAAUAGUAGGAAGCCAAGCACAAGGCUAUAGCUCUUCUGCAGGCACAGACACUCUCCUGCUUGGCAAAAAUAAUUUUGGAGGCUAUAUGAGGAAUCAGGAAAAAUGUCUUCAGUGGUACCACCAAUGUCCAAAGUGUGCAAGAGUCUUUCGUCAACUAGAAAACUAUGCUAAUCAUCUGAAGAUGCACAAGCUCUUUAUGUGUUUGCUAUGUGGAAAGACCUUCACCCAGAAAGGUAACCUUCACAGACACAUGCGAGUGCAUGCUGGAAUCAAACCUUUCCAGUGUAAGAUCUGCGGAAAGACAUUUACACAAAAAUGCUCUCUCUUAGAUCACCUCAACCUGCACAGUGGAGACAAGCCACAUAAAUGUAAUUACUGUGACAUGGUAUUUGCACACAAGCCUGUUUUAAGGAAGCACCUCAAGCAGAUCCAUGGGAAGAACAGUUUUGACAAUGCUAACGAGAGGAAUCUGCAGGAGAGCUCAGUAGAUUAUGAAUAUGGUAGAGCCCAUGACACAGAUGCUGAAAAUGCAGAUCAUAGUAUGAGUUCUAUACAGCUGCAGAGUGAUUUGUAGAUGGAGCACAGUUUAAAACUUUAAAAGUGGUCCAGCUUUUCCUUCCACCACCAACGUGCAAAAUGGCACUGCUUAUAAUAAGUUGGAAAUACAGGGUAGCACACAAAAGCUCCUCAGUAACUAUUGCAAUCAAGUGGUAUCAUUUCAAUUAACAGUUAACCCAAUUUAACAUAUUUUUCCAUUAUUACUGCUUAAAUAAAAUUUCAGAUAUAUUCUUUAUUCGAUAUGGUCAAUGGGAGCCCUAGUUCUAGUGACUGCAGCAUGUAUGGCUGCUGUAUACAAAUUAAUUCUCAACAAAAUAGUAAUGUUAAUUCAUAAUGAGCCAAAUGUCAUUUUUUUGGAAAUAACUCUAAAAGUUAGUUAGUUCCAUGAAAUUUUUCAUUUCAUGUACAGAAUGAGAACAGUCAAGAAAAGAGAAGCUUUUUUUCGAGAAACUGUCCCAAAAUUGCAAAAGAUAAUGAGUCAAAUUACUUAGUGUUGCAACUUACUAACCUGAAAUGCCAAAUGUUACUGUACAAUUGAAAUGUCAUAUUUGGAACAGGAUGCCUGUGUUUUCCUCAGUUCUGGAGUUUCUUUAGCCACAAACCCCUUCACUCUGCUGAUGAUGAUUCUAAGCCAAACCUGACAGAUUCUACACCAUUAUAUAAUGACCAUUUAUUAUUCUGGUUAAGGCUAUUGCUUUGAAAAUUGUAGAUCUCACCAAAACAAAUGAAAGAUAGAUGAAAUAUGCAUUUUUACUUAA